UGAAUGAUCCUCCAAUAGUAGGAGCCGGAGUGACCACCAGUCAGGGGCCGGAUAACAAUGGCAGACGUUGUGCCGGACCCCCUUACUGGCUGCUCCUCCUGUGAUGAUGCUGUUGAUACAAUGUUACAUUGUCAGGUAUUCGUGUGGCCAUGUAAAUGUGACAGAUGCAGCUGUGUGCUGGAGCGCUGCCUGCCCUGAGACUGCCUGCCUGCCUGCCUGCCCACCCAGCAUCCACACAGGUACAGCCAGGAUCACCCCCACUGCAGUGUACAUAUCAAUUUGGCCACAUUUCCUAGCUCCACGAAUAUGGAAUCGUUUGGGAGAGCGGCGUGCAACGGAUUCUUAUCUGCCGAAAAAAAAUCUGUCUCCCUGGUGGCGGAAAGUCAUGGACAGAAGAUAUUAACUGUACUGCAGAGCUUCAGAGAACAGAACAUUUUCUUUGACUUUAACAUCAUCGUGAAAGAUGAAUCCAUCUCAUGCCACCGCUGUGUCCUGGCAGCCAGCAGUGAUUUCUUCAGGGCUAUGUUUGAAGUGAACAUGAAAGAAAGAGAUGGUGGAAGUGUCAGGAUCAGCAAUCUGUCUCCAAAAGCUGUAAAAGGAUUCCUGGAUUAUGCCUACACAGGCAAAACACAGAUUACAGAAGAAAAUGUGGACAUGCUGUUUCAGAUGUCCUCCUUUCUCCAGGUGCCUCAACUUGCAAAAGCAUGUAGUGAUUUUUUAGUUAAGACCAUUGAUGUAAACAAUUGUUUACAGCUGUUGUCAUUGUCUGAUAGCUACGGCUCCACCCGGCUGUUCGAAUGUGCCUUACAAUUUGCUCUAAGCCAUUUCCCGUUGCUUACACAAUCUCUGGACUUCUCGGAGUUGAAUGUUGGAGUGCUGGAAAAAUGUCUGGAGGCUGAUGACUUGAAUGUUCCAGAUGAAGAGUUUGUGCUCAUGGCCGUCCUAGCUUGGACUAAGCAUAGUGCAGAAAAGAGAGAGAGGUUUUUUCCUCAGCUGAUAGGAAAAGUCCGACUACAUCAGUUAUCACAAUGUGCUCUUCAGAAUGUACUCUAUGCUGAGGAGCAAUUGUUAAGAAGCACAGACUGUUUAUCGAAGGUCAGUAAUGCCAUACAAUGCAUUGAACAUUCUGGAGGGUUGUACCCAGAUGCCCGCAUUUCUACUACAGAAAAAUAUAUCUUUGUCCAUAAAACAGCAGAAGAUGGAGAAACUCGGUACACGUUUUGUUAUAAUACCAAAACCGAUAAAUGGUUGGAGCUUCCGCAUAUACAUAUAGUUGAUCUCCCAGGUUCUAGCUUGUCCAGUUUCGGAGAAAAGAUCUUUCUCACGGGAGGAUGUACAGGUAGUUGUUGUCGUGCAGUGAGGCUCCAUAUUGCCGAAUCUCACCAUGAAGCCACUGACCAAACCUGGUGCUACUGUCCUUUAAGCAAUAACACUUUUCCAGUACCAGCCAUGAAAAAACCAAGAACCAUGCAUACAUCUGUUAUGGCCCUUAACCAUUUGUUUGUGAUUGGUGGGAAAACCAAAGGAGCACAAGACAUACGGAGUCUUCUCGAUGUUGAAGCUUAUAAUCCUUUAACUAAGGAAUGGAAAUCUGUAAGUCCCUUGCCAAGAGGGAUAUACUACCCUGAGGCGAGUGCGUGCAAGUCCUUUAUUUAUGUACUGGGAUCUGAAGUAGAGAUUACUGAUGCUUUUAACCCUUCCCUUGACUGUUUUUUUAAGUACAAUGCAGACACAAAUCAAUGGUGUCAACUUGUGGCAGAAUUUGGCCAAUUCUUUCACGCCACUUUAAUCAAAGCAGUGCCAGUCAACAGCACCUUGUACAUCUGCGACCUUUCUACAUAUAAAGUUUACAGCUUCUGCCCUGAGACCUGCGUGUGGAAGGGCGAAGGGUCUUUUGAGUGUGCUGGUUUUAAUGCAGGGGCAGUGGGUAUUGAGGAUAAAAUUUAUAUCUUGGGUGGAGAUUAUGCCCCAGAUGAAAUCACCGAUGAGGUACAAGUAUACCACAGUAAUCGAUCAGAGUGGGAGGAAGUCUCCCCGAUGCCCCGGGCUUUGACAGAAUUUUAUUGUGAAGUCAUUCAGUUCAAUAAGUGCAGGGAUCCUUGGGGUGUAAGCCAUUUAUGAGUCCUUUUCUUCACAGACAUUACGACUAUAUCCGAUGCACAUGGGGUGCUUAACUGAAUUUGAUAUGCAAUGAAGCCGAAUGGUAGGGAUGAAUGCAUACAGUGAAUGAUGUCUGCAAACCAAGAAUGGGCUCGAAGUUAAAAUAAUAUGCUAUGGAUUGUCUCUGCAUACAUUAUUUGGAUUCUAAUACUAUGUAGAGUUGCUAAACUGUCAAUGUCUAUAAAUCUUAAGGUCAUGUCCUUAUGGCAUAUUUUUGUCUACCAAACACAAUUUAAGCUACCAUCCAAUUGGAGACCAAUGACAUCACAGAUCUACUACGAAAAUGCAUUUUAUAAGUUGCCCUGUGGUCUCUUAGAUAUUGGGUGUUUAUGAAAAGAUGAAUACCAUCAAAGUAAUAAUACAUAUGCCUUUCGGCAAACCAGAAAAGCUAAAUGUAUGUGGUUACCAAGAGUCCAAUGAGACUAGAUGGUUCUUUCCUGUUACUUUAUUGUAAAGGUGUGCCUCAUGGUACACUGCUACAUGAAUAGAAACACUAAGAUCAGGAGAAUUUUGCAGGCCAGGACAUGUGCAGCAUGCUACUUCAGGGAGUGCCAGCUGAAUUAUUUCUGCUUACCAUAGCAGUAAGCCCUUAUGUACAUGAUUGUACUAUCAUUCCAUACAAGCUUAGUAACGUGGAGCCGCAAUAUGGCACCCAUCGCCCUCCAAAAAUCUCAUGGUCCAUCUGAUACUAUAUUACAGAGCUAUUCUCCCAUAUAAGCAUGAUAUCUUGAAAACAUUAUCGCUAAUUCCAUAUGGAGGUACCAUGUGGUGGCACAUUGUAUAGUAUAGUGUAAUAUAGUAUAGAUACUCUGUUUUCUGCCAUACAAGAUUUGUGCACACAAACUUGACAGAGUUGGAAUAAGAAAGAGAGACCAGGAAAUAAUCUGUGUAUAUGUAUAUACAAGUUAGCUUACUGGAUGCUUUAAAUAACUCCAUCAUUCGGGCUGCUGUCAUGAUGACCCACCUCAGCCAGUGAUAGGAUGAUCGUAAGUGUAAUGUAAUGGGCCCGGGCACCAGGAAGAAAGCCGGACCCGGGCGCAAUACAUCUCACUGCUGUUCAACCUAUCACCGACAUGUAUCACCCAUAAAGACUGGAGCUUCUCACAGAAACUCAGUGAAAAAAGCAUAAAUAUUAUUACAACAAUGUUUAAAAAUAUUUUUUAAAAGGAUAAAAUCGGUAAAAAAAGGUGGUAAAUUCAGGACGAGAUUUUCAAUAGAUGUCAUAAUUGUGUAAAAGACAUAGAAAGCAAAGUGGAAAAAGAUGGCAGUUCAAAGCCUAAUAUAAGUUAAACUAGCUGAGUACCCGGCAUUGCCCAGUUUUUCCUACCUAAUCCUUGUGGUAGAGGAAAGGCAACAAAGGAGGAAGCUUUUGUCCUCAUAUCACGUCCUCAUAUCCUGACCCCUAAUCCUGUCCUAAUAUCCUGACCUCAUAUCCCAACCUUAUAUUCUUACCUCAUAUCUAAUCUUCAUGACCUGUCCUCAUAUCCCAACCUCCUAUCCCGUCCUCAUAUCCCGUCCUUCUAUCCCGUCUUCAUAUCCUGUCCACUUAUCCUGUCCUCAGGUGGGGCUGAGUUGUGAUGAAGAUAUUGUAAUCCGACAUAGAAGGGGGCGUGGCCUUGUGGGAGUGGGCAUGAUUUGCAAGCCAGACUGAUACACAAAAAGGGUAGAAAAUAAAAGGGCUGUGGCUUAAAGGG